AUGCCAUCCUGCGACGGAAUCCGUGACGAGUACAUCGAGUGCCUUCUGCGGUCCGAGUGCGUGUUCAUCAAGCGGCACUCGGUUGAGGAGUGCGUCAAGAACAAGGACCUUGCGACGCUGAUCCCAGAGCGCUGCCAUAUGCUGCGGCAAAGCCUGUUCGAGUGCAAGCGCGGCCUGCUGGACAUGCGCAAGCGGAUGCGUGGUCACGUCGACGACAGUAGCAAAUGGAGCGAAGAGUGA